UUGUUGGCAGCUGCCUCCUGAAUGGAGCACGUCCCAGUGGGACACUGACAGCCAGUUACCUGCUUGUUAUUGUUUAUCUCCGCACCCUCCCUCUGCCAGGUAGCGAGGAAAGGAGAGAAGAAAGGCAGCAGGCUUGAAGGAGACAAGAAGGGGUGGGGAGCAAAGAGUUAACAGCAGGCAGACUUGUGGCUCCCAGCUCCCAAUGUGGCCCAAUGCCUAGAUUGGUGAGGAGAAGGGCUACUGAGAUCUGGCUGUCCCCUGGGCCACUGCUUUACCUGGCAGCAACAUGAGUAGGUGGCCACGGCCCCAGAGACCGGGGGUCCAGUUCUGCAGGAAAGAGGUGGAAGCUUCUAUCACAGGGAACUUUCUACCGGGGCUGUAAGAAUGAGGCAGGUGCCCUGGUUCCAGGGAUGGCGAGCUGAAUGAUUACGGGGCUCCCCAGUGCCUUACUGCAGCACAGGAUGGAGGAGCCUGGUACCCAGGAGGGGCUCAGCCCAGACCAAGUGGAAAGAUGCAUCAGUUCCAUGCAGUCUGGGACUCAGAUGGUCAAGCUUCGAGGUGGCUCCAAGGGCCUGGUCCGCUUCUACUACCUGGAUGAGCACAAGUCCUGCAUCCGCUGGCGGCCAUCACGGAAGAAUGAGAAGGCCAAGAUUUCCAUUGAUUCCGUCCAGGAGGUGUGUGAGGGAAAGCAGUCAGAGAUUUUCCAGCGCUAUGCUGACGGGAGCUUUGAUCCCAACUGUUGCUUCAGCAUCUACUAUGGGGACCACAUGGAGUCACUGGACCUUGUGUCCUCCAACGGAGAAGAAGCUCGAACCUGGAUCACAGGACUCCGGUACCUGAUGGCAGGAAUCAGUGAUGAGGACAGUCUGUCCAAGCGCCAGAGAACUCGGGACCAGUGGCUGAAGCAGACAUUUGACGAAGCAGACAAGAAUGGGGAUGGCAGCCUGAGCAUUAACGAGGUCCUCCAGCUCCUUCAUAAGCUGAAUGUGAACCUGCCCCGGCAGAAGGUGAAACAGAUGUUUAAGGAGGCAGACACAGAUGACAACCAGGGCACACUGGGCUUUGACGAGUUCUGCGCCUUUUACAAGAUGAUGUCCACCCGCCGAGACCUCUACCUGCUCAUGCUCACUUACAGCAACCACAAGGAUCAUCUGGACACUGAGGAUUUGAAGCGCUUCCUGGAGGUGGAGCAGAAGAUGACGGAUGUGACCGAGCAAUACUGUCUGAAUAUCAUCGACCAGUUUGAGCCAUGCCUGGAGAACAAGAGUAAGGAGGUGCUUGGCAUUGAUGGUUUUACCAACUACACCAGGAGUCCAGAAGGGGACAUUUUCAACCCCAGGCACUACCAAGUGAACCAGGACAUGACCUACCCACUAAGUUACUACUUUAUCACCUCUUCCCAUAAUACCUACCUCAUUGGGGACCAGCUCAUGUCCCAGUCUCGAGUGGACAUGUACUCAUGGGUCCUACAAGCUGGCUGCCGCUGUGUGGAAGUGGACUGUUGGGAUGGACCAGACGGGGAACCCAUCGUGCACCAUGGUUAUACCUUGACCUCCAAGAUCCUCUUUAAAGACGUCAUCGAGACGAUCAACAAAUAUGCCUUCAUCAAGAAUGAAUACCCAGUGAUCCUGUCCAUCGAGAACCACUGCAGUGUCCUUCAGCAGAAGAAGAUGGCGCAGUACCUGACUGACAUCUUAGGAGACAAACUGGACUUGUCUUCAGUGAGCAGUGAGGACGACUCCACCACUCUGCCAUCUCCCGAGAAGCUGAAAGGCAAGAUCUUAGUGAAGGGGAAGAAACUCCCAGCUAAUAUCAGCGAGGAUGCAGAGGAGGGCGAUGUAUCUGAUGAGGACAGUGCUGAUGAGAUUGAUGAAGACUGCAAGCUCAUGAAUGGAGAUGCUUCCACCAAUCGGAAACGAGUGGAAAACAUCGCCAAGAAGAAAUUAGACUCACUGAUAAAGGAAUCCAAAAUCCGAGAUUGCGAAGACCCCAAUAAUUUUACUGUCUCCACUCUGCCUCCCUCCGGGAAACUUGGCCAGAAGGCUGAAGGCAAGAAGAAGUUUGCUUCUCUGGGUGCCUCAGCCACAGACAAAGCUAUGAGCAAAGUUGAAGAAGACAUGGAAUCCGGGGAGGACCUGAGUGGCAGCAAGCGAAACAGUCGAUUGCUAAUGAGUAGCUUCUCCAAACGAAAGAAAAAAGGCAGCAAGUUAAAGAAGACUUCCAGCUUAGAAGAGGGGGAUGAUGACUUGGACUCCCAAGGAAGCCAGAGCAGAGGGAUAAACCGACAGAAGAAGACCAUGAAACUGUCCAGGGCUCUCUCUGACCUGGUGAAAUACACCAAGUCUGUGGGCAUCCAUGAUGUGGAAACAGAGAUCUCUUCCAGUUGGCAAGUCUCAUCUUUUAGUGAGACCAAGGCCCACCAGAUUCUACAACAGAAGCCAGCCCACUACCUGCGUUUCAACCAGCACCAGCUUUCCCGUAUCUAUCCUUCUUCUUACCGGGUGGACUCAAGUAACUACAACCCCCAGCCUUUCUGGAACGCUGGAUGUCAGAUGGUUGCCCUCAACUACCAGUCAGAGGGGAGGAUGCUCCAGCUGAACCGUGCCAAGUUCAAUGCCAAUGGGAACUGUGGCUAUGUCCUCAAGCCCCAGUGCAUGUGUCAAGGUGUCUUCAAUCCCAACUCUGAAGACCCUCUCCCAGGGCAGCUGAAGAAACAGCUGAUUCUCCGGAUUAUCAGUGGACAGCAGCUCCCCAAGCCACGGGACUCCAUGUUGGGCGAUCGGGGAGAGAUCAUCGAUCCUUUCGUGGAAGUCGAGAUCAUUGGGUUACCCGUGGACUGUAACAAGGAGCAGACCAGGGUGGUGGAUGACAAUGGUUUCAACCCCAUGUGGGAGGAGACCCUAGUAUUCACAGUGCACAUGCCGGAAAUUGCACUGGUCCGCUUCCUGGUCUGGGAUCAUGACCCAAUUGGGCGGGACUUCAUCGGUCAGAGGACAUUGGCUUUCACCAGCAUGAUGCCAGGUUAUCGACACGUCUACCUGGAAGGGAUGGAAGAGGCCUCCAUCUUUGUUCACGUAGCUAUCAAUGACAUCUCUGGUAAGGUCAAACAGGCUUUGGGCUUAAAAGGCCUGUUUCUCAGAAAUCCAAAGCAAGCGUCCCUGGACAGUCAUGCUGCUGGUCAGUCCCACAACAGACCCUCCAUUAGUGGCCAGCUCCUGAGGCGCACGGCUAGCGCGCCCACCAAGAGCCAGAAGAAGGCUAAAAAGGGCUUUCCUGAACUCACCAUGGACACCAAAGACAACGGCUCCGAGGGGGCAGGCGAGGACACCUCCCAGCCCCGUUUUGACUCAGAGCCGGAGAGUGCGGCCCCAGCCCCCGGAACCCUUGGUGAGGGGCCAGGCCGAGGGCCCAAAGGUAAGGCCCAGGGUGCUGGGACAGGGAGAAGCCAGAGCCACACGGCUGAGGGCCCAACCCUGAGCGAGCCCACCCGAAGGUCAGAGAGGUUUCAAAGCCUGGGCCUUGACUCCCCAGGGGAGAGGCCAGGUACCCCUGAUGGCUCCGGGCCUGCUGGGAUGGCAGCCAGCUGCAUGAAAUGUAUGAUUGGCUCCUGUGAGGGGCCCGAGGUCGAGGGCCAAUGGAGCGGCUGCCAGCCCUGCCCAGGGCUCGCUGUCAGGGAGGCCCCCCGGCCUGAGCAGUGUAGCGGGGGGCUCGGAGGAGCUGGGAGGCUGGGACUCAGACACUGGGGGAUCAACGAGCAGCCCCGAGCCCGACCGGACUCUCUCACACCCGGCCCUGGGGGUGGCAGCAACAACAACAGCAACAGCAACGGCAUCAGCGGCCAAGGAGCUGCCCGAACUCCCCCGGACAAUGCCCAGCCCCUGGGCCUGGGAAGGAAGAGCAGAAACUUGUCUAAAUGCCGUGGGGCCAAGGGCCCUUCUCAGUCCAGGUGGCCGGGAGGGAAAUAUGGGAGCGCUGUGAACCUGGUUACUGCCACCAGUGGCUCCGCGUCCUCUGAAUCCAGCAGCCUAGAGAGCCUCAGAGGCCCUGAGAAUGCCCGCAGGCCCGUGGGCACCUGGCAGAGGGAAAUGAAUGCUUUGUUUGUUCAAAAAUUGGAGGAGAUUCGGAGUCAAUCCUCUCUAUUCUUUACUGAUGGCCGCCCGUUCUCCAUCCAGAGAUCUGUCUCGUCUUUGUACAGCCUCGAAACCAUCGCGGAGGAGCCUCUCGUUGCCAAGGAAACACCAUUCCCAGCUCCCUGCCCCCUUCUGCCCCCCGCUCCCAUCAGCGACUCGGAGGGAGGGUCCCCUUGCUCAGCGGACUCAGGCUCUGACACCCCUCUGAGCUCUCCCUCCCCAGGUGGGCCAAGGACCAAUGGCCCAGGUGGACUAACAGCUCCAGGAUCACACCGCACUGAAGGAAGUCCAGAGGGAGAGCGGCUGACAAACGGCGGAGAACAGGAGUCCCGGGGAGCACUGCCCACUCCCCCCGCAGGGCAGGGCUUCCUGCUGCACCCCUCCCUCUCCCACUGUGAAGAGGAACCGGAUGGGGCAGCUCAGAGGGCAGAGCGCACAGAUGACCCUCAGGGUCCCCGCCGGCCUGUGGGUUCAGUACCUCUGCGUAUCCCUCCGGCCGCAGCCCGGACCCUGGCCGGCCCGCCAGCUGUGGUGAGGAGGGCCAAGAGCGAAGGGCAGGUGACCUUUGACCACCUGGUUCUCCGGCGUGCCCUGUCCGGACAGUCCCCUGCGGCAGCCGUCUAUUCAGAUGCCACAGGCAGUGACCAGCUGUGGAGCAAGUUAGAGCCAGGCAGUCACCGGGACAGCAUGUCCUCUUCUUCCAGCAUGUCCUCCAACGACACGGUCAUCGACCUCUCGAUGCCCAACCUGGUGAGGAAAAGCCUGCCCAACCUGGGCUGUCUCACGGGCAGCCGGGAGAAGCUGGGCGGGCUAGCAGUACACAAAGGCCCCUGGCCCCGCUCAGCUGCCUCAGGUGGAACCGAACUGCCCCCCGUGACCAAGAGCAAGUCCAACCCCAACCUGAGGGCUGGGGUGGCCCCACCGCCACCCCCUGAUGAGUUGCAGCCUCGGCCCCUGGCCCGGAGGCCCGAGGAUCCCCUGGCCUCCCUCCGCCGGAGGCCCACCUGGAACAGGCUGUACAUGGAGGGCCUCCGGGCGGAGGGCUCCUCCCUGGGGCCCCGGGCCCAGGACAUGGGGACUGCUGCCAAGUCCAAGAGCUUGGGCGACCUCACGUCGGAUGACUUUGCCCCGGGUUUCGAGAGUACCUACAGGAGCAUCAGCCGAAGCUUUGGCCCCCGCCCAGCCUCUGCUGCUGGGGCCGGGAGAUCCCUGGGACCCAGGCUGCAGGCCGGGCCUCGGGAUGAGCUGACCGAGCAGCUGAGGAGGCUGACCGGUUUCCAGCUGGCCGGUGACAUCACAUCCCCCACCAGCCUGGGGCCGGCGGAGGACGAGGAAGAGGACGAGCCGGGGCCGGCCACCGCAGGCCAGGGGCCGGGCUUCCUUCGCAGGUCUUCCUCUCGGAGCCAGAGCAGGGUGCGCUACAUCGCCACCCGGGCCAGGCAGGCCCAGGAGAGACAGCGGCUCCAGGGGUUGGGGGGCCGGGGUCCCCUGGAGGAGCGGGGCAACCCCGAGGGGGCCUGUUCUGUGAGCCGGGAGGUAUGCGUGGACUCUCUGGCUCUUCUGAUUCCCCCAUCCAAGCUCACUCCGGGCCUCAUGGAGGAUUCACAUUCGGGCCCUGUGCUCCUGAAACUCUAAUCCGGGCAGAACCGGGGGAGGACAAAGCCCAGGCGGGGAGAGGCAUUUGAGCUGCAGAGAAUGAGAAGUGUUCUUCCUCCCUAAGGUCCUGCCUCCCCUUCGCUCGCCCUUCCUCUGGGCUCAAGCAGGGGCCGAGCAGUGAGGCAGGUCCGGGGAGUGGCCACUCAUGUACUGUCUAAGCUUGGACUUCUCCAUCCAGCUCUUCCCACCCACCCUUCUUCGACCUCCCCAACACCCACGUAGUGGCCACUGGGUGAGACCCGGCAUGCUAGCCCCUCCCAAACCUGGGCUGGCCUGGGGAGGCUGGAGCCUGGCCCCUCCCUAGGCCACCCCCAGAAUCUGUCCAUAUCCCACAGCUCUGAGGUGCUCACUCUGCAGUCAAGACUGGAGGGAAGAGGACACGGGGCUCCUGGCCUCUACCAGUGGUGGCAUUCCCUGGGGGAGGCUCAAACACGGGGAGGGCUUAACCUGGGGGGCCGGCUCCCCACAAUACUGAUGUACAUAGCGCAUGGGGUGGGGGGAUUCUCUCCUCUCCAUGUUUGCACUGCCCUGCCAGGCUUUCCUGUGUUUUAAAAUGAGAUUAUAUACAUAUAUAUAUAUUUAAAUUUUUAGACACAUAUAGAAAGUGAGAGAAGUUAUCCAAAAUUAUCCUUCUCCAACUCCGUUUUUACCUUUGUUUUUAGCCUGGUGUGUAUGUAUUUACACAUGCAUGUGUGUGCAUGUACAUGCUCAGGUGACUGUGUGUGUGUGUGUGUGUGUGUGUGUGUGUGUGUGUGUGUGUGUGUGUGUGUGUGUGUGCGCUCGCGCGCGUGCGCUCGUUCAGGUCAGUGAGAGCCCUUCUUGGUGGGAAGAAUGUUGACCACUGUGGAUUCCAAUCCCACCCCAGUCCCAGGAGAGGGCCAUCACUUUCCCUUGGGACCCUAGGCCAUCCCCCGCCCCCUUUGUACCCAUCUUGUUUUAUUUGUAUGAGAAUUUUCUCUGUACAUUGAAACAUUUUAAAAACCUAUUUGUAACCUCUUAAACAACUACAAUAAAAUGCA